AUGUCGCUCUUAUCCGCCCACUUUGAGCAGAUUGCCAUCUCCUGCCAAGGCAUCGACAGUCUACCAUUUCCCCCUCCCAAGAUUUUCACCAACGCGCUCCUCUCCAACCACGAUAUCACGUCCCUAAUCCGUGACACGGAAGCGCAUGAACGGGCGCUCUUCUCCGUCCCACCGCCAGAGCCACCCGCUACAAGCCAGAACUCCGACCCGCCAAAACAGUCGUCGCGUCGUCAGACCGUCUUCAAUGUCGCCUCGGGUGAGGUAAUGCCGUCCGGUGGCGCUACGGGCAGAAGCAGUGGCGCGCCGCGGAGACAUACCGCUGUCUCGGCUGUUCUCGGUGGAGAUCUCCACGAUCAGAUUCGGCGGAGCGAGAGAGGACGGAACAAGGACGACAUGGAUGUUGAGAUACUAUUAAAGGGCGCCGAAAAACUGUGCACCGUAUAUCCACUGCCUGGAGCUCCGGAACGGAUAAUGGCCCAGAGGGCGAAGUACGCACAUAAUCGGAAUACCCUGGCUUACUACGAGGCAAAGGUUACGGAACAGCAGGAGGCUUUGGGCAGGAUGAAUAAGGAUAUAUGGGAUGAAGAGGAAGAGGCAGACACAGAUAGUGCCGAUGACCAAGAAGCCACCCUGACCGAGGAUGACCUUAUUAUGGAAGAAGAGGAAGUCAGGGAGCUGGACAAGAAGAAGAGAGAGCUCCAACGAACAUUAAAGGCUAUGGAGAAGGACCUCAAUGGACUUUACAUGAGUAGAUGA